AGAGGCAUCAAGCCAGCGUCUGUUGAGAUUAGAGUUAAGUUUACCUGGUUUAAAUGUCGGUGAUAGGCUGAAGACAUGUGAAUUCAAUAAUAACCAUGCACACUCAUACAUUAAAUGCUCAUGUAAUUUAGCGUCUUGUUGGGGUAGCAGCAGUAACCAUAUCUCAGGAAGAAACUUCAAUCGUAAUUCUAAAUCUGAAGUUGACGGAAGCAUUAUGAUACCGUUAGAAAAUUUAAAUAAAAACGACAAUGAACAAUGGAUUAAGACAGACGAUAAAAAGCAGCCUGAAAAUGGUGAAAUAUGGUUUCGGACAACUUCCUCUCGGUUUCAAAUUAGUGUUAUUUUAAGAAGAAAUAAAUGUGACAGUCGUCGUGGUCAACACCACGAAGGCGAGAAACAUAAGGCCUUAUUCAACACUGAACAUGUAUCAAAAUGUUCAGUUUACUUGACGUCAGACUUUGUCUCUUCAUCAUCAUCCUCAUCCUCAUCGUCAUCAUCAACUACAACACUGUCUUCGGAACACCACUGA